UAGCGAUCGAGUAACUAUUGUUAUUCUAGCAUUUCUCUGGACACUGUCUUGUCCAGUUACAGAUGAUGGAAUACAAAAAGCAGCUGCUGUUUUUGACAAGAAUUCUUCACUUUUGAAUUUUUGAAAGAUAAUUUCUUGAUGUAAAUGCAUAAAUAUAUCUGCUGAAAAUUAUUUGGCAGACUUGCAGAAAAUAAAAACUGGUUAUGAUUUUAUACUAUUCUGCUAUGUCUUUGAAAACUAAUGCUGUUAAGAAAAGGAAAAAGACAUUACCAAAGUAUAUUGCCUUCAGAUUCUACCCAAGUGAUAGGUUAUUGGAUAAAUGAAUAUUGACUAUGGAAUUCUAUCAGCCUUUUCAUUCUUGAUAUGUCUUGAAAACAAAUUUGAUUGCAUUUUUCAAAUGGGAGGAGCAACUGUAAGCAUUGUUUUCAAAAUAUUUUUGUUUUCAAAAAUUAAAACUGAUUUUGGAGAAUCUAAAUUCAAAAGAUGAAGUUAUUACAAACAAUGAAAUCAAAUUUAUAAGUCAAAAUUAAAAUAUAUAUUUAUAUAUACACACACACACAUACGUAUGCAUGUAUGGGUGUGUAUGUGUAUAUAUAUAAGUAUAUGUAUGUAAAGAGAAAGGACAAUCCACUAACAGUUAAAUAUACAUACUAAUUUGUUUCUUUUAAAAUACCAAUUGUUAUUAGUUGCUGUCUAGAAUUUGACCAUUAAAAAUUAUGGAUAAAAACUUGUCACCGAAACCAUUUCCUUGUGACUUGUGUGGAGAAAGUUUUUCACGUCGCAGUACUAUGCUGCAACAUAAACGAACUCAUACUGGUGAGAAACCGUUCCAUUGUGAGAUCUGUUCAAAAGGAUUUACACGACCAUACACACUCCAAAAGCAUCGUCGCUGCCACACGGGUGAAAAACCAUUUGCUUGUGAUAUUUGUGGUCGUAAUUUCUCACGCAGCAGUACUUUGCAUGAACACAAGCGAACGCAUGCCGGUGACAAACCGUUCCAGUGUGAUAUCUGUAGGGACAACUUUUCACGGCGGAGCACAUUACUCCAACACCAUCGCACGCAUUCUGGCGAGAAACCGUUUCCCUGCGAAGUUUGCGGGAAGAAGUUUACGCGUCGAUACACUUUGCAGAAACAUGCAAGAGACCACACACGUGAAGCACCAUAUCACUGUGAAAUAUGCGGGUGCCGGUUCACACGGCCUUUCGCUCUUCAGAAACAUCGCCGCUCACAUACAGGAGAAAAACGAUUCCAUUGUGAUGUAUGUGGGGAGAGUUUUUCUCGAAGAAGCAACCUGCAUGUUCACCAAAGAACCCACACCGGCGAAAAGCCAUUCAGCUGUUCGUUGUGUGGCAAAAGCUUUUCUCGCAGAAGCAAUCUACAAGUACACAUACGCAGUCACUCAGGAAUUAAGCCGUACUGCUGUGAAUAUUGCAGUAAACGGUUUGUUCGAAGCAGCACACUGUUAGAACAUAAACGCAUUCACACAGGUGAGAAAGCUUCAUUCCAAAAUUUCAAUCCUCCUCCUCUUCCUCCUCCUCCUCCUGUUGCCAUCAAUCCAACUACUGUUGUCAGCAACAACAACAACAACAAUAAUGCUGAGAAGAAUAGUUGCGUCAUGAAAAGUUCAAUUGAUGACAGCCACAAAGAAUUCGUUUUCAGUACUAACAAUAACAACACCAAUACUAAUAGUGACGUUGCCAUGGGAAACGGUAAACAGUUUACCUACAACAUAAUUACAGCAGCUGCUAACAAUACUUUUCAGAAUACUAAUGGAGACGAAAACUCUCAUAAUGAGGCACUUCUUGCAACAGAUAAUAAUAUGCAAUUCAAUCAACCCAGGCUAGCCACCACCACUACAACUGAUGGCUCUAUGUUGCACUGCAGCAACUGUGGAAAGCCAUAUGCCCAAUGUUGCCAUGUACAACACCAGCAGCUGUUGCUGCAAAGGGGAGCAACCUAUUUACAGUCGCAAGCCAGGACCCGGUUAUCAGCUUUGGUGACAGCCAGAAAAUGGCUUGAGCCGCCCACUGUGAUAGUAGCUGCCUCUACCACUGCAAACCAGACCAGUAUGCCCCCGAAUGCUGCUGCUACAGCCAUAGCUUAUUCUGAACCUUCCAAAACAGGCCUUCAAACUAACCUUGCUGCAGAGACACUGCCACCUACAGCUUGUAAUACACUGGUAGUUGUACAACCCCCAACUGCUUGCCCUAUAAUGGAAACCUGAAUAUUUCACAACAGACUGAACUUCUCUGAGCCUCUCUGAAACUUACUGGUGUGAUACACAGAUAUCCACCAACUUCUAAAGUGGUAAAAUUAUACGCAAAUACAGCAAUGAUGGAAAAUACAAAAUUGGACAAUCUCUUUUUCUAAAUUGUUAAAAUAUUCCAGUAAUGAUGAAAAAAAAAAAGAAAUUUUUUUAAGUAAGGUAAAGUAAGGUAAAGUUUAAAGA